AUGGCGACCAUGAACCCAUUUGAUUUGUUGGGUGACGAUGAUGCCGAGGACCCGUCGCAGCUACUCGCAGCCCAGCAACAGAAACUGGCUGCGGCACCCAAGAAGGCUCUUCCGGCUCAGAACAAGUCGGGGGCUCAGGGUCAAGAGACCAAGCCGGCUAAGCUGCCUUCCAAGCCUGCACCUCCUGCUCAGGCUGUGAGGGAAGCAAGGAAUGAAGCUGGUGGAGGUCGUGGAGGUGGACGUGGACGUGGAUAUGGAUAUAGCCGUGGACGCGGUGGUGGUGGGUACAAUCGUGAAUCACCCAAUAAUGAAAACACAUUCACCAACAGUGGAGCACCUGCUGGCCAAGGUGCUUUUGAAGAUGGUGAUGGAAAUCAGUCUGAAAGGCGUGGCUAUGGUGGACCUCGUGGUCCUUACCGUGGUGGUCGCCGCGGUGGUUUCGGAAAUGGGGAAGUAGGUGACGGGGAACGCCCUCGCAGGGUAUUUGAACGUCGUAGCGGAACUGGGCGCGGAAGUGAAAUCAAACGUGAAGGUUCUGGGCGUGGCAACUGGGGAUCAGAAACAGAUGAACUUUCACAGGUGACCGAAGAAGUUGCCAAUGUAACUGAAAGGAAUUUGGGUGAUGAGAAGCCUGUGGGAGAGGUAGAUGCAGCAGAUGGAAACAAGGAGACACCUGCUAACGAACCGGAAGAAAAGGAACCCGAGGAUAAGGAAAUGACUCUUGAAGAGUAUGAGAAGGUGCUCGAAGAGAAGAGGAAAGCCCUGCAGGCACUUAAGACUUCUGAGGAAAGAAAGGUUGACACUAAGGAAUUUGCAUCUUUGCAACAGCUAUCAAACAAGAAGGGCAAUGAUGAUAUCUUCAUUAAAUUGGGUUCUGAAAAGGAUAAGAAGAAAGAGGCUGCUGAGAAGGAAGAAAAGUCCAAAAAGUCUGUCAGCAUCAAUGAGUUCUUAAAGCCUGCUGAAGGAGAAAGGUUCUACAACCCAGGUGGGCGUGGCCGAGGGCGCGGUCGUGGUCCCAGGGGAGGGUUUAGCAACAACUACUCUCACGGCAGUGCUGCAGCACCAUCCAUUGAAGAUCCUGGGCAGUUCCCAACCUUGGGGGGCAAGUGA